AUGAGAAACGCUGUCUCCUCCCGUCUCUUCGGGAUUUUCAGGUCGUCUAUCAAUGGCGCUGACAAGUCCGCUGGAUCGGACGUAGAGAGCCUUGGCUCUGAGAAACUUUCAGGACGCAGCGCGGAGGCCCAAAGUGCUCAAGAGGAUCUUAUCUGUGCGAGGUUGGCCAGCUACGCGAAUGUUCCUGUCACAGACAUUUUCAAAUUGUGUCCAGAUUGGAGUCCCGACGGCCUCACCGAGGACGCUGUUCAGGCAGCCCUAGCCAAGUAUGGGCCAAAUGUACAAUCUACGCACCGGCCGUUUGCCGCAUUGUUCGUCUUAUGGGCCGCCCUCAUGAACCCAUUCAAUAUCUUACUCUUGGUGCUGGCUAUCGUGAGUAUGGUCACCAACGAUCCGGCAUCGUUUGGUGUUAUGAUUGCUAUGGUCGUCGCCUCAACAAGCCUCAGAUAUUGGCAGGAGAUGAAAUCCAUGGUUCAGGCUCAAAAUUUGCUCACGUCUGUUACCACUCGUGUACGCGUCCUCCGCCGUCUUCGUGACUCUGGCUCGGAGGAACUCGAAAUUGAUCAGAGAAAGGUAGUUCCGGGUGAUGUGCUUGCAGUGACCAGUGGUGAUGUGUUCGCCGGUGACUGUGUCUUAAUCUCCUCGUCAGCGUUGAUGGUCACGCAGGCGUCCCUGACUGGAGAGAUUAUGGCCAUCAAUAAGACAGUGCGCAUGUACCCCUCUGGACGGGGUGAGGCCUUUGACCUCCUUGAUAAUGACAAUGUAUGUCUCGCUGGGACGUCCGUGUCUGCGGGCAGUGGGCUCGCCCUUGUGGUGUCAACUGGUGCGGACACGUACAUGGCUUCCAUCGCGCAGGCGCUUGCGGAGACGCAGACGCAGAAUGCCAUGCAAAUUGGCAUCAGGAAGGUCAGCUAUGUGCUCGUCGCGUUCAUGGCGGUGAUGGUACCAACCGUGUUCAUUCUUCGAGGUGCAGUCAGUCAUGAUUGGAAGGGUGCAGCAAUGUUCGCCAUCGCUGUUGCCGUCGGGAUUACCCCGGAGAUGCUACCAAUGAUUGUGACGUCCAAUCUUGCUCUCUCCGCCAUCCGUGUUGCGUGUCAGAAGGUCAUUGUCAAGCGAUUUGACGCCAUUCAGAAUCUUGGCGCAGUCAGCAUUCUGUGUUCUGAUAAAACAGGAACACUUACCGUCGACCUCGUCCGGAUCGCGACUUCCACUACCGGCUCAGGCGCGCCGUCGUCGCUCCCUCUCAAGCUCGGCUUCAUUAACUCGCUUCUGCAGACCGGGACACGGAGCCCAAUUGACCGUGCCAUCGUUGACCACGUCAAAGAGGCGGCGACGUCACAAGUCUUUGACGAUGUGCUCGGAGAUGCUUACAUCAAGCAAGGCGAGAUACCCUUCGACUCUACUCGCCGGCUGCUCUCCGUGCUCGUUACACGGGUUGGCAUACUCCACGGCGACGGCUUGCUUGUCACCAAAGGUGCGGUGGAGGAAGUUCUCGACCGCUGUGUGAACGUCUACAUCCACCCGAUCCCUAUUUCGGACUCAUACAACUCUGAGAAGACGCCCGAACCGGAGCACGAGUCACUGCGGAAGCUCAAGCUGGAUGCGUCGACGACCGUGCAGCUGACGAUGGAUGAGCGCAAACGUAUCCUGGAUACCGCGGAGCGGCUGAACGAGGACGGCCUCCGGCUCGUUGCAGUCGCAUGCCGCACCGCACUCGUCAAGCCAUUCUUAACGCUCACCACAUCAGACGAGACGGAGCUCACAUUCAUUGGUUUGCUGGGGCUUCUCGACCCGCCUAAGCCGGACGCCGCGGAUGCGAUCCGCGAGCUCGCGAAGCUCAACGUGCAGGUACGCAUCCUGACGGGAGACGCUCCUGCUGUCGCUGCGAAGGUUGCGCGGGACCUAGGCAUCUUAUCACCACCGGAGCGUGUCGCGUCUAUCGUUGAAGACGAGAAACAUAAGAGCAUGGGCGACGUGGAGAUGUCCCCCCACGUAGAGGCCGCUGCGUUCGACGAAAAAUCCCUCAUUGUUACUGGCGCACAACUCGCCGCGCUUGCGAACGACAAGGCUGCGUUUGAGGAGGUGGUCGAGCGCUGCAGGAUUUUUGCGAAACUGUCCCCAUACCAGAAACUCCAAGUCGUGCAGACCUUGCGUCAGGGCAAUAACCGCGCAGUCGCCUUCCUGGGGGAUGGCGUCAACGAUGCUCUGGCCAUUCGUGGUGCGGAUGUUGGCAUUUCGGUCGAUUCGGGUACAGAGAUUGCCAAGGAGGCAGCGGAUGUGAUUUUGUUGGAGAAAAGUCUCGAUGUUGUGGCGAUUGGUGUGAUACAGGGCCGGUUGACAAUGGUUAAUACCAUCAAGUACAUCAAAAUGACGGCGUCAUCUAACUUUGGAAACGUUUUCUCUCUCCUUGUUGCCUCCGCAUGGCUGCCGUACCAACCUAUGCUCCCUAUUCAACUGCUCAUCCAGAACCUUCUCUACGAUUUCUCGCAAGCGUCCAUCCCUUGGGACAAUGUCGACCCAGAAUAUCUCAUCAGACCAAACACAUGGAGCGCUAAAUCCAUUAUCAGGUUCAUGGUUUGCCUAGGACCCUUCGCUAGUCCGUUCGACAUCACGACGUUUUGCAUCAACUGGUUCCACUACAAGAUCCGCGCCCAGGACUCGCCUCUCGUUCCGCUUGCUCAGACGAACUGGUUCCUCGAAAGUUCACUGACACAGCUAUUUAUCAUCCAUAUCUUGCGUACCGGGAAGAUCCCAGUCAUCCAAUCCCGCGCGUCUACGUCGGUCGUCCUCGUCACCUUCGGGAUGGCGUGCAUCUCCAUGGCUAUUCCAUACAUCCCAAAGCUGAACACCGCCCUGCAGCUGACACCCCCCAAGCCGGAGUACUAUGGAUAUUUGGCCGCGAUGGUGGUGGGCUACGCGGCCGUGGUUCAUGUUGUGAAGACGCUUUACCAGCUCAUGUUCAAGGAGUGGCUUUAG